AUGAGAAGCUUGGCAAAGACAAUGAAUGCUAAUAGGACCGAUUUUUCUCAAAAGAUUGUUGAUGCUCUACGGGUGUAUCGUACCAUAUACAAAAAACCAAUCAGUAUGCCUUCGUAUCAACUAAUUUUUGGUAUGUCUUUCAAUCUACCUGUCGAAUUGGAACACAAAGCAUUGUGGGCAUUGAAGGCUCUGGAGUGGAAAAAGGAUUCAAAGGAUAGAAUAGAGCAGUUAAAUGACUUGGACAAAUUCAGGUUCAAAGCUUACGGAAGCUCAUUCCUCUUUAAGGAUAAAAUGAAGAAACAACAUGAUGCCAAAAUCCUUCGAAGGGAGUUUAAAGUAGGAGAUCGGGUGUUGCUAUAA